AUGCUGAUAGCCCAGUGCCGCGCGUUGAGCAAUGCUGGCCUUUCGGAGGUACUGUACUACCCCGAGGAUGAUGAGUACGCCUCAACACUCAGCUCCUACUAUUCUGCCGACGUUCAGGACAUCAAUCCUCGGUGCAUCUUGCAGCCGCGCUCGACAAGACAAGUGUCGACGGGGCUCAAAGCUCUGAGCGAAGAAGAUGGGAAGUGCUGGCUCGUUGGAAUCCGCAGUGGUGGCCACUCGCCUUUUCCGUCCAACAACGUCCAAUAUGGCGUCACUAUUGAUCUUGGUGCCAUAGACGAAGUGGACUAUGCGCCAGGACCGAAUGGAACCGCUGAGGAUCGUACUGUUGUCGUGGGAAGCGGUGCUCGUUGGGGCGAGGUAUACCCCACGCUUGAAGCACAGGGUGCAAUGACAACUGGUAGGAGAGAAGGCCAUGUCGGCGUUGCCGGGUUCCUGCUCGGCGGUGGAUUCUCGUGGUAUUCCGGAAAACUGGGCAUGUCUGCAGAUAAUAUUGUGAGCUACGAGGUUGUCCUGGCUGAUGGUACCGUCGCGACGGCAGAUGCUACAGAGAAUGCCGAUCUCUUCAAGGCCUUGAAGGGCGUCGAUAUGGGCCUCAAGUUCCUAGAGGUCUUUAAUUCCCUCGUCGCCGGCAUUCAAGGCGACAUUGACGAGUCCGUCAAUAUCAUCUUCGUCAUGACGCCUUUGCCGACUACAUACAAGAAGGGCGGCGACAACAUCCUCAGCCUGGAAGAGACCCUCACCAAGAACUCCAUCGUAGUACAGCUCGAAGCGCUGAUGCCUUCGGACAAGUACAAGUCUUUCUUGGCAAACAAGCUGCGCGAUGCCACCACCGCGGUCCAGGCGUAUGCGGAGAAAACGGGGCAAGACAACAAAUGGCUCUACGUCAACUACGCAAACCGCGAGCAGGACCCUUUGGGCACAUAUGGAAAGGGGAAUCUUGACCGUCUUGAGAGGAUGGCCAAGAAGUACGACCCCGAGGGGUUCUUCCAGGACAGGGUCACUGGCGGGUUCAAAAUUACAAGACGUAGCUAA